AUGAAGGCUUCCAUCCUGUCGGCGGCUGGAUUCUUCACCCUAGCCUUAACCACUGUGGUACCCAAGUCAACCAAGGUUGACUACAACGGCUUCAAGGGCCUUCGCAUUACUCUUCCCGAGGACGCAGAGGGUGUUGCUGAUCAGAUCACCGAGCUGGCGGCUGCCAUUCUCAAUCCCGGAUCCAAGGAGAAGCUCGACGUGGUGGCAUCUCCUGAGAAUAUCGAUGCCAUCUCCCAGCUUGCAGUCAACACGACAGUUCUCGUCGAGGACAUCGGUGCGGCUUUCGCUGAGGAGGAGACUGCUACUGUCUACGCUGUUCCCAGUGAGACAUGGUUCACCGCGUACCAUAGCUAUGCCGACCACCUUCAGUUCCUUAGAGACCUUCAAGGGGGCUUCCCUAGCCAGUCUGAGAUUGUCACUGUUGGAACUUCCGUCCAGGGUCGUGCUCUGACAGGUAUCCACAUCUGGGGCAGCGGAGGUAAGGGCUCCAAGCCAGCCGUCAUCUUCCACGGCACCACCACUGAGUAUAUGGCUUUCCAACUUCUGACCAAGUACUCCUCCGACUCUGCGGUCAAGGCUCUGGUCGACAAGUUUGACUUCUACAUCACUCCGGUCGUCAACCCUGAUGGCUUCGUCUACACCCAGAGUAACGACCGUCUGUGGCGUAAGAACCGUCAGACCCAAUCCGGCAGCAGCUGUGUUGGCCGUGACCCCAACCGCAACUGGCCCUACAAGUGGGAACUCACUGGCGGCGCAUCUACCAACCCCUGCUCCGAGACCUACAAGGGCGCUGCCGCUGCGGACACACCCGAGAUCAGGGGCCUAAAGGCUCAAGUCGAUUCGCUGAGCGCCAGCAGGGGCAUUCAAUUCUACAUCGACUUCCACUCCUACGGACAGUACAUUCUUUGGCCAUACGGAUAUGACUGCAGCUACGUCGCCCCAGAUGAUGCUGCUUUGCAAGCCAUGGCGCAGAUCGGUGCCACCAGUAUUCGGGGCGUUUCCGGCACUUCUUACACGAUUGGAAACGCUUGCCGUGCGCUUUACGCGACUACGGGUGAUAGCACCGACUACAUCCACGGUGUUGGCAAGUCGAAGUACACAUACACCCUUGAGCUGCGGGAUAGGGGAACUUAUGGAUUUUCUCUGCCUGCCAGCCAGAUACAGGCUACUGUUCGUGAGACCUGGGCUGGUGUCCUUGCAAUGUUGAGGGCUGCUUGA